AUGGAAAUUGUAUGGGAAAAAGGAGGACCUGGUCUUGUGUGGUAUACCGAUAAAAAUUACUGGGAUGAACGAGAGAAAGGGACCGAUUGCGACUGGGCAUGGGCCGACGACUGGGAUGUAGACUACUCGGUGUACUACGAAGGAAAACAAGCUGGAUCAAAAGAUGCACGUGAUGCCGUUGAGAUGAGAGAGGACGAAGCAAAAAGUUUCGACAAGGCUACUGAUAAAAUCCCCACUCCUUACAAGAGAGUCGGAAACGAUGCUACCGGAGACAUAUUGUUCCGCAGAGCAGAGCCUACGAUAAUGAAGUAUAGAGACACCUUCUAUAAGUAG